AUGUCCCUAGAGAAAACCCCCCAUCCCAGCGAUGAAGAACUCCAACCAUCUACCCCCGUUGACAUUGACCAUACCAUCAAACAUCCAGUAAAAUGGUACCGCUCAACAACCUACAACGCCCUAAUCCUCGGGCUCUGCAACUUCCUCGCCCCCGGAAUCUGGACCGCAAUGAACAGUCUCGGCGGAGGAGGAUCCGAAUCGCCCUACCUCGUUGACGCCGCCAACGCGCUCACCUUCGGGCUAAUGGUAUUUUCCUGUUUCUUCGGGAGCAUUCUCGUCCGUUUCGUCGGGAUCAAAUACACCCUUGUCCUCGGCACAAUCGGCUACGCACCAUACGCAGCGGGGCUAUACACCCAUAACCGCUUCGGAACCGACUGGUUAGUUCUAUUCGGCGCAGCGCUGUGUGGACUCUCCGCGGGGGUGUUCUGGAUGGCGGAGAGUGCGAUCGCGCUAUCUUACCCUGAGCCCGGGAAUCAAGGCCGGUUUCUGGGAUUAUGGUUGAGUUUUCGUGUCGGGGGGCAGAUUCUCGGCGGAGCGAUUAAUCUGGGAUUGAAUGUUGGACGGAAUACAGCGGGGAGUGUGUCGUAUUCUGUCUUUGCUGUGUUUAUUGCUCUGCAGGCUUUGGGACCAGUGGGGGGGUUAUUGCUUACGUCUCCGGAACGGGUGCAGAGGAGUGAUGGGCAGAAGGUUAAGUUGCGCAUUGCGCAUAAUCCUUGGUAUGAGGUGAAGGCAAUGAUGGGGAUGUUUUGUCGACGGGAGUUUCUCCUGAUAGUACCGUUGAUUGCGCAGGCGACGUAUACGGAGGCGGUCAUGUUCACGUAUUUGGAUUUGUGGUUUAGUGUGCGGGUUCGGGCGUUGGCGAGUUUUUUGUCCGGGGUGUUGGCGUUGAUUGGGGGGAAUGUGUUGGGGUGGUUUUUGGAUAGAGGUGGGCUUGGGUUGAAGGGAGGGUGGUGGGUUUGGGCGACGGUGGUGACAACGGGGUAUACAUAUGGAAGUGGUGGAAGUGGGCAGGUGGCGAUUGAUUGGUCGGAUGAGGGGUUUGCGAGGGGGUUUGUGUUGUAUUUGAUGUGGGUGCUGGGGUUUCAGUUGAAUUAUAUGUUUUUGUACUUUGUGGUGGGCAAUUUGGCGGCGGAUGAAGAAGAGGUGGUUAGGAUUAGUGGGCUGUUGAGAGGUGUUGAAUCGGCCGUGCAGGCGGUUUCGUAUGGCUUGAGCAGUGUCGGCAUCAUGGCCUCGGUUGGUGGUACUUAUAUCAACUUUGGACUCUGGGGCAUCUCGCUGCUCCCGGCCUGGUUGGUUAUUCGUCGGUUUGGGGUAAGCUUAGAAGAUCGCAAGCUGGCUAGGGAGUAUGGUGGACAGAUAGAUGGAUAG